AAAAAAUAGAAGCGUGCCUGAUAGAAUCAGAAAUAAAAAUUAAUUGUGACGACUAUGUACUUAAACUUAAAUUUCUAUUUACCGACUUCGAAGAACGAUUUCGAGACCUAAAGGCAUUAAAACCCUCAUUCGGAUUUUUAGAAAAUCCAUUUUUAGUUAAUGUCAUUGAAAAGGGAUGUCCAUUAUCACAUCCUAUCAUCACAAAUAAAGCGGAUCUCGAAAUAGAACUCUUGGAGUUAUUAGAAGAUGAAGGUCUUAAGAAGUUUAUAAACAAUUGUCCCUCUAUAUUGGAAUUUUGGAAGCAUAUUUCUAUAUUAAAAUACCCAAAUAUUAAAAACUGUGCGGUAAAAUUGAUAUCAAUUUUUGGAACGACGUAUUCAUGUGAAUCACUUUAUUCAACAAUGAAAAUAAUUAAGUCAAAAUAUCGUUCAAAUUUGACUGAUGAUCAUCUUACAGAAUUACUAAGAACUGCUCUUACAUUAAUUCAACCAGGUCUUAAGAAGCUUACUAAAAAAGUAGACACGAAAAAAAUACCACGCAAACAAAAUUAG